AUGGCAGAUAAGCGGGACAUGGGGGAAAUCACCAGCUUCAAUAAGGCCAAGCUGAAGAAGAUGGAGGCACAGGAGAAGAACACUCUGCUGACAAAAGAGACCACUGAGCAGAAGCAAGCAGAGUGA